AUGUUCGCCAGCUUCUGCAACACGCCGGACGGUAUGUGGCGCCUCGAUGCCACGCUGCGCCUCCUCAGAGGUGGCCGCUUCGUGGGGCACACGUCAGACACCUUCGGGCACACAAUAGUUCCCUUCAGCACGUCGCCCAUUUUUGUCACUUCGCGGGAUCCACCCUCAGGGCAGCCGUACCAGGUGUUGCUGCCGGCUAUGCGGAAGUAA